GGACCCAUGGAAGGACCACCCCCCUGCAGAGAUCGGACGAGAACGCCAACGGUCGGCGGUAGGACUGGUUGCGAUGAUGCUUCCAUGGAGUUCGGCGACCACUAGAAGCCAGCUAGCAGGCUAGUACCCAUGUCGACAACGGAUGCGCCAACGAAGCGUGUCAUGCAGAUGGCCCUGGCCACUGGCUUGGGCCCCUGGCCUGCAGCGCCGGUGGGAGUUUUCCCGGAGGCCGCCGGAGACGGUCUGUUGUCAUGGACUGUCAAUCUACACGAGCACGAUUUUUCGAGCUUGAAGACUAUUGCAUGGUCCAUUCAACCAGGUUUUCGAAAUCAUGUUAUUAUCCCGGUCGCGAGCCCGUGCUCGCCCGCGGGACGAGGCCGAACAACGGUAACGUCAACCUAUCGUUCGAAUGUCUUCAAGCAUGAUGUUGCUCGGUUUUCAUCUUGGCAGACAGUUGCUAAUCGUAUGGUGCAGGUCACGGAGUACACCGAAUGUCGUCUAGUUCGCUUUCUUCGGACAAACUUAGCUGUGCUGCGAUUUGGAGUAUCUACCUCGCUUGAUUCCUUAAUGCUGUGGUCGCAUUUCCGCAAUGUUGUCUGAAUAGGAAUGUGUUUAAUUACUAUCGCCAGCCCAAGUUUGGGGCAAAAUGAGACAUUAUCUUUGUGGUUUUGUACCUGGAUGGUGCUGGCGUGGUGGAGUUCUUCAUGGUGCUGUCUCGCGAAACCGUUUCAUUCCUCGCGCGGGUGUUGUUGUGUUUCAGACAUAUAGGAGGAUCUUAACAGAAGGAGAGCAGUCGCGAGAUCUG